AUGCCAACUUCUUUGGCACGCACUGUGUCCUAUCCAUCAACUGAAUUUGCUCACACUUAUCACUGUUUUUCACAGAUGCCAUCUGUCCCCAUACCUCCACUACCUAAAUCCGGUACAUUAUAUAGAGCUACUCCCGAAAAAGCAAGUUCCAUUUCGGCACAGGUGCAGGAUAAUCAAACCCAGCCUUCAAUGGCAGAAAAGCAACUAGCAGGACAUACGCUUCUUAAAGAGUUUGCCGACCGAUUUGAGCUUAUUUCUGAACUUGGAUCAGGCGGUUUUGGGUUUGUUUUAGGCGCAUUGGAUCGCCAUACAGGAAAAGAAGUAGCAGCCAAGUUUAUUCUCAAAUCUCGCGUAGCCUCGGAUGGAUGGGUACGAGAUCCUCAAUUAGGUGUGAUUCCAAUAGAGGUUUAUUUUCUUCGCCAUUGUCGCCACACAAACAUCAUUUCGUAUGUCGCAGUAUAUUCGGACCACAAGUUUGUAUACUUUGUCACUGAGCUACAUGGAUCGCAAUGGGUGGCAUCAAAAGAUCAAAUUCAAUCAAGACUAACUCAAUCCAGUGUGGCACAAGUGCCUGUUUUUCCUGUAUCGGCUGAGCCUGUUCUUCAUUCUCCAUACGUCACACCUAACAACAGCACUUUGGAUUUAAAGCAACCUAUAUUUCAAAGAUCCGUUACUUGCCCCUUUCCAGCAAAACUUGCUCGCAGACCAUCAAUGGAUCUUUUUGAGUGCAUUGAGCAAUAUGAUAGAAUUCCAGAAGAAAGCGCCAAAGGUAUAUUUUUUCAAGUGGUUCAAGCAAUACGGUAUCUUCAUUGCAAAGGAGUUGUUCAUCGAGAUAUCAAGGAUGAGAAUAUUGUCAUUGAUGGCAGUUUCCAUGUCAAAAUCAUUGAUUUUGGGUCUGCAGCUGUGGAAUCCAGCGAUCCAAACUUUUUAUUUGAUCGAUUUCAGGGAACCAUUCAAUAUGCUAGUCCUGAGAUUUUACGAGGAGAAAAGUAUCGAGGAAAGCCAACUGACGUAUGGGCAUUAGGAAUCCUUUUGUAUACCAUUCUGUAUGGAGAGGUUCCGUUUGCAUCCAGUGAGCAAGCCAAGUCCUGCGCAUACAAGCCGCCAAGAUUUCCAUCGUCCCCAAAGUGUAUGGAUCUUUUAGGAUGGAUGCUUCAAAAGCAUGCAUCGCAACGGCCGACUGCCGAUCAGAUUCUGUGUCACCCAUGGUUUGAAUCGAUACCCCAACCACUCCACUAUUCACCACCCUCAGCGGAUGCCAAACCCUAA